AUGGACAAGAACCGCCGCGAUGACUCUCCCUCGGGUCUAUCAGACAUUGUUGAGCGUGACGGGCUCUUGGGAACCGGCAUCACUUCUCGACACAUCGAGGCCUUUGGGAGAAAAGUCUCAACAACUGCUGGGCACUUGAUGGGACCUUCCGGCGACCCGAACUCAAGCACCCACUACCAAAACGCCAUGGUCGACAUCCACCGCGAGCUCCGACGGCCCGGUACACAGCGCAAAGUGUUCUCCCUCGCACAGACAACGCCGACCGACCUCGUCCGCUCCAAGCUAUCGACCUCCGAAAUCCAAUCCCGCGCCAUCUCAUCCCUCCCCGACGAACUUCUUCUGAACAUCCCCGACGACUCCAGCAGCUACUCUUUAUUCGAAGGGUUUCAAGCUACGCAGAAUGACCAGGAAUAUAGAAAAACACAUCGACGGGGGAGAUCGAAGGGGAAGAAGCUACUGAAGGACAAGGAUGGCGGGCAGACGCCCGCUCCGUCUACCUCGGGCGAACUGAAGAAAGAGCGGGAUCUGAUGAACCGGCGGAUGGAGUUGAUGGGCGUCCGGAAGAACAUGUGCAGCUCGGAGAUUCUAGACAUUGAUAACAAGAUCGCCAACUUUCAUCGCAUGCGCCAGAUCGUUCUAGACCGGUUGGCCGGGUUAGAGAUGGAGGAGGCGGAGCUUGAGCAUGAGGUCAACGAGAUCGACAGUAAAAUAGAGGAUAUGGAGGAGCAAGAAGCUGCGCAAGCUGCGCAAACCGCACAGGCUGCCGCUACAUCGGGCUCGGAGGCCAACGAAGAGCCUACGGAAGACCCGGCCAUGGAUGCAUCGUUCAUGUCGGAGUCAAUAUACCAGAAACUGCCUUCUCCGCGAAGCUUGAAACAUCGAUCACACCGGAAACGGUCUAUGCCGGUUCUGCACGAGCAUUUCGCGCCGGGCUCGGAGAUCAAGGAAUUCCAGGCACAUACCGACGUCGUCACGGCUAUUGACUUUGACUAUCCGUUCGGAACCAUGAUCACGGCGGCGUUGGACGAUACAGUUCGGGUUUGGGACCUCAAUGUCGGCCGGUGUACCGGAUUCUUGGAAGGACACAACGCCUCGGUUCGGUGCCUGCAGAUUGAGGACAACAUCGUUGCGACCGGUUCUAUGGAUGCGUCUGUGAAGCUUUGGGACUUGAGCCGCGCACGGACUGCGCACAGAGACAACCGGGUAAACAAGGAGGAAGACGACGACGCGGUAUCGGUCGCUUACUCGACUAGCCUAGAGGACUGCCACGUCUACUCUUUAGACGCACAUGUCGGAGAGGUCACGGCGCUCCACUUCAAGGGAAACACAUUGGUCUCGGGAUCUGCCGACAAGACGUUACGGCAGUGGGACUUGGAGAAGGGCCGCUGCGUUCAGACGCUUGACGUCCUCUGGGCGGCCGCACAAGCGUCAUCGCUUGGAGCAGAAUCGCAGUGGCGCCCGUCCGGGCGGAUGCCGGAUGCCUCUGCAGACUUUGUUGGGGCCGUGCAAUGCUUCGACGCGGCGCUGGCUUGUGGUACGGCUGACGGCAUGGUCCGACUGUGGGAUUUGCGCAGCGGGCAGGUUCAUAGAAGCCUUGUCGGCCAUACUGGUCCUGUAUCGUGUCUGCAGUUUGACGAUGUGCACUUGGUGACGGGAAGUCUCGAUCGCAGCAUCAGGAUAUGGGAUCUCCGAAUGGGAUCGAUCUACGACGCGUACGGCUACGAUCAACCAAUCACCAGCAUGAUGUUCGACACGAAGCGGAUUGUGGCCGCCGCCGGAGAGAACGUUGUCAAGGUGUACGACAAGGCAGACGGCCACCACUGGGACUGCGGUGCAGGCGUCGGCGUCGACGAGGGAGAGCCCGGCCCUGCGACCGUUGAGCGUGUGCGAAUCAAGGACGGAUUUCUGAUUGAAGGCCGCAGGGACGGCAUCGUCGCGGCCUGGACUUGUUAG